GUUAGAUAUAUUAACUUAAUGUAAAUAUCAAUUAUGGACGACCGAGACGCUAAUAGUGGCAAAGUGGACAUAAAUGGUUAUCCCAUUUGGUACGAAAGGUUUGGUACUGGACCUAAGCCUAUCCUUCUUAUUCCGGGUGCUAUCGGGACGGGAAGGACUGAUUACUGGGAGCAACUGGAGGGCGACGAUGCGUUGGACACGAAUCGGUUUACAUUGAUAGCCGUGGAGUCCCCGGGUUGGGGUCGAUCUGCCCCACCCGCCCGACGCUUUGAUAUGAAUAUGUACAACAGGGAUGCUGAAUGCUACUAUCAAUUGAUGCAGCACCUUGGAUAUGAAAAGUUUUCCGUGAUUGCGUGGUCCGAUGGUGCCAAAGGUGCCCUAACCCUAGCCAUCAAAUACUCUAAUUCAGUGAAUGCGAUGGUAUUAAGCGGUGCCUCAAUAUGUGGGUCCAAAGAAGCCGUCAGAUUCCUCAACACUAUCGUAAAGGUCGACAGUUGGGGUCCGGGAAGACUGGACUCCUAUCUCAGG